GUUAAACCCUCUUUAAACAAGUUGGCUCUAGCAAGCAACACAGCAGAGAACAAACUCGAGUAAGAUAAAAACAGAGUAUCCUCGAAAAUGAGAAACUUUUUGAAACAAGUAUUUUUCUUCAUUGCUACAAUUUGUUCUAUGACUAAAGCAAAACCAACUCUCCCUUACGUCUUUUCUACCAAGACGUUAGCGGGUCUUGGGAAAGGAAUUGGUGUUGAGAGAACAGUACACUUAUACUCAAAGAACAGCGCCAAGUAUAUAAGGAUCAAUAAUAACAGCGUAGAUGGCUUUGGUAAUCGUUCAGAUCCGAAUGCUCAACUAGUGCUGGAAUCAGCUGGUUUUAAGGGUCAAGUUCGAAUCAAAUCAUCCGAUGGUAGCCGUUAUUUGUGUAUGUCUGGACACGGUAGCCUUAUGGUAGAGAACAAAAAUCAAGGACAAAGCUUGAAUCGGUGUGUAUUCUAUCAAGUCCAUCAUCCAAAAGGAUACACAGCCUACCGAUCGAAAAUCCAAGCUAACUGGUAUCUUGCGAUCAGAAGGAACGGUGCACCGAAAUCCGCAAAGAAAGUACGGUUCUCACAAAGGGCAGCGCAUUUCAUGGAAUUAAGAUGAUGAGGAUUGGAUGUAUUAACAGCGAUUGCUAUUGGAUGAAAGGAAGGAAAGCAGCGAUUGGUAAUUUAGAAUCGACGAAAUCUUAUUGGCUUUAAAUAGAGUAAGAUGAUAAAAGAAAUACAUCAAAAGUCUGGCAAAUGAAAGUGAAGUAGUGCAAAAGGAAUGUGACAAGAAAAAAAUAUUUCGCUUAAAAAGGUAAUUCACAGGAAACUUUGUUGCAAUAAAAAGCUAAAUAGUUUUUAAAACCUUCCCUGAGUGGGAAGGAAUUUCCAGGGAGUGUCUUGUGUGUUUGAAGAAGGAAGACCCAACCUCACUUUCACAACACCCAAGGCGCUUCCUGGAAAAUAAGGCGCUUCCUGGAAAAUAAGGUCAAUGAAGUUACUAAUCAUGACGUGUCAUGUGUCAAUAUUUUGACUUGAAAGUACGUCAUGGAAUAUACGCAUUUUAUUUAUCUGUUUAAUUUAUCAAGAGAGAAAUAUUUAUUUAUUGCUAUCUAAAAUAUGCUGUCACGCUGAAAUGUCACGGUACCUAACAAUUACUGUUAGCGUGACAAGUAACGCAAGACAGUUCAAUAAAACCAACAUUCGACAUUCGAAACAAGAGGUAUUUUCAAUCAAGUGAAAGCAAAAUUUUAAUUUUAAUUUAUGAAUCUUAAAAUAUUUUAAUAGAUUUUAAUGAAAUAUGAUAUAUAUUAUCAUGAU